AUGUUCACUUCGAAGGUGGUCGUUCUUCUUGCGCUUUCUCUCUUUGCGGGAGCUAACUCACAGGAGUUAAUCACUGAAGACAGCUACUUCUUUGGACAAAGUGAGCCAGUAUACCCAUCACCAACAAUCUCUGCCGCUGGAGGAUUAUGGGCCGACGCUCUUAACAAGGCGCAAGCUUUUGUCGCCCAAUUGACCUUAGAGGAGAAAACCAAUCUCACUGGUGGAGUCCGUAAUCCUGCAAAUGGCUGUGGUGGAAAUAUUGCUGGAAUUCCCCGACUCGGUUUCCCAGGUCUCUGUCUUGCGGAUGCUGGGAACGGUGUGAGAGCGACUGACUUAGUCAAUGCUUAUUCAAGUGGAAUUCACGAUGGUGCUAGUUGGAACAAGAAUCUCACCUAUGCGAGAGCAUACCAACUUGGUGGUGAGUUCCGCCGAAAGGGUGUCAACGUUGCUCUUGGUCCACCAAUGAUCGGACCCGUUGGAAGAAUCGCUCUUGGUGGUAGAAAUUGGGAAGGUUUCAGUAACGAUCCUUACCACUCUGGUAUCCUCGCUGGUCUCUCGGUCACUGGUAUCCAGGACCAAGGAGUUGUGGCCUGCACCAAGCACUUUAUCGGUAACGAGCAAGAGACUGCACGAAACCAAAUUCGUGACGCGUCUAAUGUUACCAUCCUUUCUUCUUCCGCAAAUAUCGACGAUUCAACUAUGCAUGAGUUGUAUCUCUGGCCAUUCUACGAUGCUGUCCACGCGGGUACUGGAUCAAUCAUGUGCUCGUACACCAGACUUAACAACAGCUAUGCUUGCCAAAAUAGUAAGAUGUUGAAUGGUGUCUUGAAGGGCGAGCUUGGAUACCAGGGUUUCGUCGUCUCUGAUUGGGGUGCUCAACAUGGUGGAGUGGCAAGUGCUUUGGCAGGAAUGGAUAUGGUCAUGCCUUCCGGUGCUGCUUUCUGGGGAGGAAAUCUCACAGAAGCCGUACGAAACGGAUCGAUCCCAGAGGCCAGACUGGAUGACAUGGUUUCCAGAGUUAUGGCUCCAUAUUUCUUCCUUGAGCAGAACUCACCAUCCUACCCAGCAUUGGGCAUAGGAAUGCCAGCCAACCCUCUUCUUCCUCACACUCUGGUUGACGCUCGAGUCGAGGAAGCUCGCCCCGUUCUUAUGCAAUCGGCCAUUGAGGGCCAUGUCUUGGUCAAGAAUACCAACAAUGCGCUUCCACUCAAGAAGCCUCGUGUUCUCUCCCUUUUCGGAUAUGAUGCAGUUGCACCAGACCUAAAUACCCCCGGAUUCCGAGAGUGGAGUCUGAGUCUGCAAUCCAGCUACGCCCGCUUCUACGACUGCGGUUACGGUAAUCUUAUUCCACAAAACUGCCCACUUCCAGUUGCAAUUGCAGCCAACGGUACUGUCAUUACUGGAGGCGGUUCAGGUGGUGCUACUGCAUCUUACAUUUCCGCCCCAUUCAACGCCAUUCAGAAUCGCGCGAUGAAAGAUAACACCCAACUCUACUGGGACUUCCGUAACCUCAACGCCACUGGGUUUGUUCAGGGAGAAAGCGAUGCAGCUCUUGUUUUCAUUAACGCCAUUGCAAGUGAAGGUGCUGACCGUCCCGCCCUCCGCGACGACUUCUCGGAUGCCCUUGUCCGCAACAUCGCCAGCCAGAACAACAACACUAUUGUCGUUAUUCACAACGCUGGUAUCAGACUUGUCGAUCAAUGGAUCGAGAAUCCUAACGUUACCGCCGUCAUCUUCGCUCAUUUACCAGGUCAAGACUCUGGUGAGGCACUUGUCAAGAUUCUUUACGGCGAUGUCUCCCCAAGUGGAAAACUUCCAUACACCGUCGCCAAGAAUGAAACCGACUACGGAGCGAUCUUGAACCCAGUCAUUGACUUGGGCGAGAACGGAGAGUUCUAUCGCUUCCCUCAAGACAACUUUACUGAGGGUGUCUACAUCGAUUACCGCGCAUUCGACGCCUCAAACAUUGAGCCUCGUUUCGAAUUCGGUUUCGGCUUGACAUACUCCAACUUCUCCUUCUCCGGCUUGACUGCCAACAGCGUCGGUGCCAACUUAUCAGCAUUGCCAACUGGCCACAUCGUUCCUGGAGGAAAGGCCGAUCUCUGGGAUGUCGUCGCUACUGUCACCGCGACCGUAACCAACAUCGGAAAAGUAGCAGCUCAACAGGUUACACAAUUAUAUAUUGGCAUUCCACAAGAAGGCCAGCCUGUCCGCCAACUCAGAGGUUUCGAGAAGAUCAUGAUCCAUCCUAACGCCACGGCAACUGUGGAAUUCGAGUUGCGACGAAGAGAUUUGAGUGUUUGGGAUGUCACCGCUCAGGAGUGGAGAUUGGUUUUGGGUGAGGAUUAUAAUGUCUUCGUUGGUAGCUCGAGCAGAGAUCUUCCUUUGACUGGGACUUUGAGGUUGUAG